AUGGCCAGCCUUGUUACCUUUUGGUUAACAAGUUUCCUAGUGUUGAUUGGAGAAAAUCUGGCCAUCCCAGUUGAGGAACCUCACGGAGUCGACUUGCUGUCGGCUCUCAAAAGGGGCAACCCGCUGAUGAGUUUCACGACGAAGACGUCGACGGUGACCCGGACCGAAGUGACGACGCAUUGGCUUCCGUCCGUCAUUUGUGCAAAGCUCGUCAACGUGACUGGACAAUGCCGACUUCAACCACAAGGAAAUGCUGAAGACGGCCGCAUCUACCAAAUGGAACAGCCAGAGGUACUCACUUUUGAUGACGACAUGGACGAGGCCGACGUUCUUGUACAACUUCAACCAACGAUAACGCUCAAAGUGGAGCCAACAGACAUGCCGGUUAAUUUGGAGUCGAAUUCAAACAUGAGAUUGGAAGCCUCUUGGACGGACCCUGCCCAAAAGGAUGGCACAGAGAGUCCCGAUAAAUCGGGUUUAGCUGAAUCCAUUCGGGCAUAUUUCAAAGUGAUAACAAUCGAAAAAGUGACCGUGACGGAGACAGCUGUAACUUUCCUGCCGUCUACUACCAAAACCAUUUUCAUCAUGAAAUGCACGCCCAGGCCUUUCACGGUUAGCAUUUGCUCAAGGGGACCGAGAGGACCAAGGCAAGAAAUGGAGUGA